GCGAACCAUUGCUUCGAUCUCCUCUUCUGGAAUUCCGUUCGCUGCCGUGCCGUGCCGUUCCGUUCCGUUCCAUUUCGGUUGGCUUAUUAGCCAUCAGUAAUCCAGGUCUAUCUCUGUCUCUGUCUUUUCUCAACCUCCCCCCAGCUGCAGCUUUUUUGACAGCAGCAGGAGGCUCAUGAUGCCGUUGUGCACCUGACCAAGAGAUCAAGUCCAGACGCAGCAAGUCCAGGUGUCCUGUAUCGAAGGUGCGAAGGCAUCACCACCUGUUUCACAGUUUUAUUCUGACAAAAAGCCUGCCAUGAUGAAUGGACACGUCAAUGAUGAGGAUGACGUGUCGUCGACAUCAACGGAGACGAUGCCAAGCAAUAGGAGCCCAGAGCCACAGCAUCCAGUCUCUGCAUCGUCGUCGUCCACAGGGGUCUCGUCAGCUUCACGAGGCCUGCCGAAGACGAGACUAACUCGAUUGUUGUUUGGAAAAAACAGCGUUCAUGAUAUUCUUGGGGGGGGAAACUUUGCCAAUCUUUUGCUGUGGCGCUCUGCCCUUCUCAGCGGGGCCGUUUUACUCUUCCACACUCUAGUAUGGGCCUUCUUCUUCUUCUCGAAUUGGACAUUGGUCUCACUCAUGUCGACCGUGCUUAUGGUCAGCCUGACGAAUGCGACACAUGUCAUGGACCGUCUGCCUGAUACUCUUCCUCUCCUCUUGUUGAAGGAAUACGAGGUGAAGAGAAUAGCAACAAAUGUCCGUCCUUUGACGAACGAUGUUCUCGCGUUCGUUCAUCGUCUCGCUGUGGGCGGCAACCUGAAGCUGGUCUUGAAAGCCAUGCUGUAUCUGUAUAUCGGUGCCAAGAUAGGUGCUUGGUUUGACUUCUUCACCCUUCUUUACGUGCUUCUGCUGCUGUCAUUUGUGGUGCCAAAGCUGUACGAGAUGUACGAGACUGAUGUAGAUCGUGUGGCAGACCUUGCGUACGAGAGAUCGAAGGGCUACUACAGCCGUGCGGGCAACGCAGGGAGACUGGCUGCUGCUGCCGCAGUAGCGAAGGCAAAGGCACAGGCAGUGCCCUCACCGUACUCGGAGUCCAAUGCUCCGUUGGGUCGAGGUAUGGGCGACUCAGAGAUCUGGCGGCUGGGAAAGCCGAGGGCUACCGAGAACCACGGAGGAGUCCACACCCUUGACCUUGACGCAUCGUGGCGGCGCUGUAUUCUCCUCCUCUCCAGCGAUUCGGGCGCCAUCGCUAGCGCGUCGGACAGCCAUUGGUUGGCCGUUUCCCGCGCUCGGCCGCCAUAGCCAGCGAGUCAAACAGUUCCCGCCAUCUCUUAUAUUUGCUCGAAACGCACUUUGCUAGAGCAGAGUACUGCAUCUGUCGGCAAUUCCUGAGGUCAAAUUUCUUUCGCUUCUUCCCGCCUGUUCCCGCCAAUUGUCUAGCAGUCCUGGAUCUGUCGGCAAUUCCUAAGGUCACAUUUUUUUCACCUGUUCCCGCCUGUUCCCGCCAAUUGUCCCCGCCAUCUGUCGGCAAUUCCUAAGGUCACAUCACAUUUCUUUCGCUUGUUCCCGCCUGUUCCCGCCAAUUGUCUAGCAGUCCUGCAUCUGUCGGCAAUCCCUAAGGUCACGAAAUUUUUCGCUUGUUCCCGCCUGUUCCCGCCUGUUCCCGGCAAUUCUCUGGCGGGAAAACGUUUCAUCCCCGUCCUACUUAUAGGGCCUAGCAGGCUAGCAGUCUGGCGCGGUAACCGUUGGGGGGGCGGGGAUCCUCUAGCCUCUGAUAUCGGUAGCAGUGCGCUGUUUGGGUUCUUCUUCUUCUUCUUCUUCUUCUUCUUCCGUCUCUCUUCUGGGUCUGAGAGGACGGCUGUGGUAGACUCGGAGGACAUCGGAAAGCCUCUCGCUUCCGUGAUCUAUUGCUUCGAUCUCCCCUUCCGGAAUUCCGUUUGCUGACGUGCCGUUCCGUUCCGUUCCGUUCCGUUCCGUUUCGUUUGGCUGAUUAGCCAUAAGUAA